AUGAAUACUAGGAAGCGAUCUUGUUUUUCUCCACGAUAUGGCGAUAUUAAGUGUGUAGAAUUAGAACAAAGUCAUUCAAGCAAUAUAGAAUCUCUUUCUCCUGUUCCUGUCGUAUAUUCCCCCGAACCUGAAAAUGAACCUCUUCGGCGAAGUCAUGAUAAUGUAAAUACUUUAAUGAAAUCAAGUCCUACUGAAUAUACUGGUGUUUGUCAGAGUUCUGGGCAGAGAACUCUCAGGCAAAGGACUGCCUCAGGAACGCCCUCCGAAUCAUCUCACGGGGCUGAAGCUAAAUUAUCAUCUGUCUCCGUUAAACCUCGGGGACUUCUGAACAGAAGGCUACGCAGGCCAUCCAAGGUGAUUCCAAUAUGUGGUUUAUGUUUGGGUACGUCAGAACUGAACAACAAAACUAACUCUGCAGAAGAAAUGAUUGCCUGUUGGGAAUGUGGGCAGUCAGGUCAUCCAACUUGUCUCAAAAUGCCACCAGAUUUAGUUAAACGUAUUUCAUCAAUUCGUUGGCUUUGUGUUGACUGUAAGAGAUGUUGUUUGUGUCAGUCGAAUUCAGAAGAUCAAAAUGCAUCAACUGAUAAGGAGGAUCCUCAGUCUGAUUUAUUAUUGUGUGAUGUUUGUGACCGAGGAUUUCAUCUUAAAUGUGCUGAACCUAAUAUGCUAGAACCUCCGGAAGGUAUGUGGACUUGUCCUAUUUGUUCACAAUCAAGUACGGAAUGUUUGGACAUAGAUCCAAGACUACGAUCCAUUCAAGUUUGUGAUCAGCUAACUCAACAUGAAAUAGACUGGAUGAAAAAAGCGGCCAAUAUCAGUGGUGCUUAUCUAACGGCACCAUUGUCAUUUUCUGUCCAACAAUCACCAGAACCUAUCAUUGAACAUAAUGAAGCAUCACAAUCAUCUCGGCCGAGUUUUUCAAUGACGUCAAAAUCGGAAGUUAAACAACCUGUCCCAUCUGAAAACAGUCAGACUGGUAAUAUUCCAGCAACUGUAUGCAAAUCGUCAAAACGUUUAAUUCAGAAAUCACUGACUGAUUGGACUUUAAGCUCUAAAUCGAAUAGAAAGUCAACUAAUUCUAUGCAAGCUCCUCUUCAAACGGAAAAUACUAUAAACCAGUUGCCUACUGAAAAUGAAAUGACAAAAGAUGAAAGUCCUCCUAAACGAGUUUCACGUCUUCGACGUUCCUCUCUAUGUGCAAGUUUAGCUUGGCAAGGUCUGCUGCGUUCUUGUGACAGAUCAAAACCACUGCAGAAUAGAUCUAUUGAACCACAUAGUGUAAAACCUAUUGGCGGUGAAGAUGAUGACGAUGAUAAAACAGAUAUUUUAAUUGAUCAAAGCACUACCUCAUCAUGUAAAGUGUUUAACAAAUUGUCUAAAAAUGAAACAAAAGUUAAGAAAUACUUCAAGCGUACUGUAUCAUCUCGAAGCACUGACAAUUUUGUUCGCAGUAAAGCUAAGCAAAACAAGAUCAGUCUACCUGGGGAAUUAAGGUCAAUUCAUGCUUCUAGGGGUGGAACUUCUACUGGUUUGUUUAAUCGUGAAACUCUUCGUGUAGCCUCAGGAAAAUUAAAUGGAAAUCAAGUCAAACGUCAUGUGUCUGGUCGAUCUGAUCAGUUGUCAAAUUCAUGUAAAAUGAAUUCCACAAGUAAAACAACGCAGCACUCGCUGAAACAUCGUCUGUCGAAAUUGACUAAUAAUAAUAGUAAUUGUUUGAAACUAAGUAAUUCAUAUAAUCACAUAUCUCAAUCUCAUCAAUUGCGUCGACAAACUAUGCCUACUUCUAUUAAUAAUAAAUUUAACGUUAAUCACUCCAGUAGACGACGACAUUUAAGCAAAUAUAAAAGAUCUUAUUAUUAUAGAAAUAAACGAAAAUCGUUUAAGCGUGAAAUCGUUUCAGAUGAAGAGGAUUAUGACGAUAGUGUUUAUGAAGCAGACGCUGAUGAUGAUGGUGACGACGAUGAUGAUAACAGUUCAAAUGAAAAUAUUACAGAAGGUAAAAAGACAAAUGAUCUUCUAACUGGCAAAAAGCCUACGACAAAAAUAAAUCCAGCUGAAGAUGGUAACACAGAUCUUUUAUCUACUUCAAACAACAACGCUGCCUAUUUUGAUUCAGAAAAUGAUGAAGCACCAGAGAUGAGCACAAUAUCGGAUGAAAAUCGUGCGUUAUUUCAUUCAAUUCAAGCUGAUGUACAAGCUUGUCUUCCACAACCUCUUGAAUCCAGCUUAUCUCUUCCACCUGCAAAUAAUCCUAAAGUUUUAGCUGCUAUGGAUAACUCAUCCUUGAAUCUAUCGUCGAAUCAGUUGGUGAUGACGCCCAGCGAUUCUAACGAGAAUGAUGCUCAUCAUCAACGACAACAACUUGAAAAACUAGAAGAUACUCGUUACCCGCCUCAAAUACAACUUGGUCGUUAUGUUAUAACUACUUGGUAUUCAGCUCCUUAUCCUUCGGAAUAUGCUAGGCUUACGUUGUUGUAUAUAUGUGAAUUUUGUUUGAAGUAUAUCAAGACUCGCAAUGUCUACUUAAGGCAUAUUGAAAAAUGUCCAUAUAGUUUUCCACCUGGUAAUGAAAUAUAUCGUUGUAAAAAUAUUUCAGUAUUUGAAGUUGAUGGUUAUACUUCACGUUUAUAUUGUCAACAAUUAUGUCUUUUAGCUAAAUUAUUUUUAGAUCAUAAAACAUUAUAUUAUGAUGUUGAACCAUUUCUAUUCUAUGUUGUUACAAUCCAUAAUAAUGCUACAGAUGAACAAGAACAUAAUGAAAAAUCUAAUCACCAUAAUAAUAAUAAUAAUAAUGAUAAUGAACGAUGCUUUCAUUUAGUUGGUUAUUUCUCUAAAGAGAAACGUUCUGUACAAAAGUACAAUUUAAGUUGUAUUCUAGUCUUACCUCCAUAUCAGAAACAAGCAUAUGGAAGAUUUUUAAUUGAUUUCAGUUUCCUAUUGUCCCGUAUUGAAGGCCAACCGGGUUCACCUGAAAAACCACUAUCUCAACUUGGCAAUCUUUCAUAUCAGUCGUAUUGGCGAUCAAAAGUUCUACCAUUUCUUUUAUGUUCUAUGAAAAAUUGUAAAUUAUUAAAUUCAACGCUGUCUAAUCAUGAAACAGACUUGGAUUGUUUGGCAAAUCCUGUUGGAUCUAUUGGGUUUCGUGAUUUUGUCAUUACCAUUCAUGAAAUUAGCUCUACUACUGGAAUAGAUCCACAUGAUGUAGCCAGUACUAUUCAACAGUUGGCUACAACAAUUACAUUAAGUGCAGAUGGAAGACCUGUAAUCUGUUUUGAUUUGAAAUAUUUAUUACAACUACAAGAGAAAUAUGAAGAACGAUCAGUUAAUUGGAUUCCUAUUGAUGAAGAAUGUCUUCGUUGGUCCCCGUUAAUCCAUCCUCAAGAAUUGGACAUUUCAGCAGACAGUUCUGGUGGUGGUUGUGACAAUUCUAAUUCACAAAUAGUUCAUCAGAAUUCAUCUAUCAUUCCAUCUGAAAAUGUGGUUUCUUCAACUGUACCAAAAAUGAAUAGAUUCUCUCCUCAAAAACACAGAACUCAGUCACAAUCGGAUAAGGCUCCUAUCAACCGAGAAAAUAUUGUCAAGUCACUGGAAACAGCUCCUCGCAAACGUAGUUUACGAAGUACCUGUAACAAUAGCAUUCCUUCAACUGUUAACACUGAUGAUAAUUCUUCUAACCAAUCUUUGUCCAACAGAGUGUCCAACAAUGUUUCAGAUAACGUAACUGAUAUACAUUUUAGACGUCUUCGUUCCCCACCUAGUUCCACUCAUUCUCUUGAUAAAAACAGUGAACAAAUAUCUUCACUUACUACUCUAUCUGAAUCUAUUUUCACUUAUCAGUCAUCAAGCAGACAAAAACACGAUUCUUUAGUUGCUACGGCAAGACAUGGUUCUACGAAUGUCGAAUCAAUUUCUUGUAAUCCUAUUAACCCCACUGACAAGCCGUUGCAUAAUCCACGUAAAAAAGUUUCUAAAACUAAACCGUAUCCUUCGCCUUGUCGUAAGCGAAGUUUUUGUUCAGAUGGUCCACGUCCUCCAGAUCCACCGUCUCCCCCUCCACCUGGAAGUGGUAGUGGAUGCACAUCCACUGACAAUUGUUCCAUUGCUACUAGAACUCGUCGUCUCUCUUAUAAUGCACCACAGAAAUCUUCGACAAGAAAUUGCGAUAAUACAAAUAAUGCUAAAGAGACAAGUUUAUUUUCAACAUUUAUGAAUUGUUUCAAUUUCUCUUAUGGUAUGCCUACAUCUACUACUUCUGAAAGUUAUGUCACUAGUAUUAGUAACAGUAGUAGUAGCAAUACUUUGACGACUCUUAAUAAUAAUCAUAGUAAUUUUUCUUCAUUAUAUAGUCUGAAAGAUAAAUUAUUCACCGCAUCAGCAGGUACAACAAUACAUACAAAAGGUGACAAUAUUUGCCCACCAUCAUCAUCUGAUUGCAUUGAUAUGUCACCACUUCGUCCAUCUUUUUCCAGUUCACCAACAACUGUGUUAGUUAGAGAUGAUAGUGAUAGUGAUUGUGUGGGAAUUUUUGAUGAAGAAUGUCAAGGGACUAGUGAACAACGGUGUCAAUUGAAUGUAAAUCAUCAGGAGGAACAAUUCAUUAAAAAUAAUGUUGUUGAUAGAUUAUCAUCACUUAGUCCUACUUCAAUUCAUACACCUUCUCCACCGAUGUUAUCACUUGCUGAUGGUUUAUCAACUAAUGACAUUGAUUUGCCAACAUCAUUGAAUGAUAUAAUUGGUAGUAAUCACAAUAAUCAUAAUAAUCAUAGUGGUAAUAAUGAUAAUACUGUUUCGUUUAUAUCAAAAUCACAUCAUUCUUUUGGUAAUGAAUUGAAUAAUAGACCACCACCGUGUUUAUCACUUUAUGAUAGUGGACUACUUGUUGUCCACUCAAAAUCGAAUGAUUCAUCUAUUAAUUCUCUUUCGUCGUCAUCAUCACCGUCAUCGUCUUCUUCAGAUUCGACAGCUAAAGCUGUAGAUUAUUCCUUGGCUAAUAGCCUUCACUGUGUUCAUCGUCACUAUGAAUUAGGUUGUACUUCAAAUCGUCGUUUAACAGAUCCUUCAAGAACUUCACAUAAAUUCAAUUCCAGUUUUAGUUUUCCUUUGUAUGUUGAAACUAAUCUGGAUGAUGAUGAUGAUGAGGAUGUUGUAAAUACUGGUAUCACUACUACUACUACUACUACUUCUGUUACCACUGCGAGUAAUGAUCAAGAUUGUAUGCUGUCAUCGUUGUCGGAAACGAAAAUCCUUCGACAGCAACAAAAUCAUCAACGUAAUAACCGUCUAAUACAACUGGAUGAUAAUCUUAUAACAACAACUUUAUGCUCUGAAAUCUCUGUACAUUCUUUAUCCGAGCCUGUUAUUAGCACAAACAGAUCUCUUAUAUUUAAAGGGUUGCGUAAAUCUCUUCAUAAUCGAACACAUCAUUCUUGGCCUACAUCUCCUAUAGAUUUAAGUUCAUCGUGUAAAUCUGCUCCAUCUAAUUAUAAAUUUCAAAAUAAUGGCUAUACAAUCCGUGGUUCUGAAUCCUCAUCAUCGUCAUCGUCCUCUUCACCCCCAAUACUUUGUCGCGCUGUAAAUAAUUGUACACCAUUAACAGCUCCUUCAUUAAUACCAUUCAAUACAACCGAUAAUCAUAAAUCUCCAUUGAUUGGCAGUUGUCAUUCAAUAAGAAAUCAUCAAUUGAAUCAUUCGCCCUUACCUCCUGUUUUAAUAACCAAUGAUGUUAAGCCAGAAACAAUAUUAUCACCUAUUUUCAGUACUUCACUUUCAGCUCACUGGAUUAAUCAACAUUGUGAUGAUAUUCAACCACCGAUUUUAUUACCAUCAAAUUCUUGUGAAACAGAAUGUUCAAUUAAUGCCACUGAAAACCUAACUCAUCCACCUGUAUCGCCUUACUCAUCCUCUACCAUUUCAUCUACUCAUAUUGAUUUAUCGGACAAUUAUGCAAGUGAUCAUUCAACUGUGUUAACUCUUCCAAUGACCGGUGAACAACAAUUGCAUAAUAAUAAUAAUAUAAAUAUGAAAAGUAUCGAUUGUGUAGAAGAUAGCUAUGUUAACGGUCAAUUAAUGAAUUAUACAACAGAUACCGAUGGAUUGACAUUAAUUGCAUCCUAUAAUGGUGAUGAUCUUGUAAAUAAUCCAUCCAAAUCAUUAUCAUCAUUUGAUAAUAAUUCACUCUCUUCUAUGAUUUCUCAAGAUAGUAGUAGUGAACAAACUGUUGCAAUGUGUUUAUCCGAUAGUUUAAGUCCACCAUUUCUUGAAGAUUCACAAGAUUUCUUCAACGGUAACAAUUUUACAGAGAAAAAACGAAAUAAUUUAUUAAAUGAUAGAACCUUAACAUAUAAUUUCAAACAUAAUCAUCAAAUGGAUAUUUAUUCUCAUCAUAAUAGUAAUAAUAGUGCUUUACGUAGUCGUCAUACUUCAGAACCGAGCAAGAUAAUAAUGAUGAUGGACAUGGUGUGUUAUUAUCCCAUGGGAAAUUGUCGUCGAUGUCAUAGUCAUCCGAAUUUGAAAUUUUGUACAAACUCAUUACUGUCUGAAGUAAGAAUAACACUUGAAGAUGAUAAUGAUACUACAACUAUUAUUACUCAGCCAGAGUUAGGUUCACCAGUCAGUCAUCGAUCAUUAUUGGAAGAACAAUCUGAUGAUUAUUUAGUGAAAGUAUCCGCUGAUUUGUUGAAUUUACCGUUAUUUUCUGAAAAUAUCAAUAUAUCUAAUCAACCAAUGAUAACAGUUUCCAGUCAACAUUACGAAAGUCUUUCAUGUGUUACUCAGUCACCUACUCUUUCUUUGUGUAGUCAUUCACCAGUUGUAGAUGAAAUAUCGUCUUAUGUUGUUGAUAAACAAGAUACUAAACCUGUUGAUUCAAAUCAUCCCUCUAAGUUGUUAUCGCCUUCAUCUUCUUCUUGUUGUCCGACUAAUGAAAGUAACGUAUUCCAGUCUUCAAUCAUUUCAUCAAAUAAUCCUAUCAACUUGUGUAAUUGUGCACCGAAUCCUUUAGACAUUUGCAGUGCUAUGUCAACAACAGUAACGGUUACUUCAUGUAACACUGAUACUGAUACACGAUCCUACUUAAACUCUACUCAGACAUCAUCUAAACCGUUAAAUAUACAAAAUAUUUCGUUUCCAGAAGAAGAAAUUGAUUUUGUUACUGAUUCAAAUGUUAAUUUGUCAGUUGUAUCUCCGACAUAUGUAACAUAUUCAAACAAUAACCCAUCAACAGUUAAUUCCUUGUCAUUGACAUCAACAAUUCCAUUAUCUACAAUGAGUUUAUCACUGAUAUCUGAUAGUAUUGUUUCUUCUGUCAUUCCAGAUAUUCCCAAUCCUAUUAUUACUACCACUGUACAUAUAGAUGUAACUCGAAAUAAUCCCACCAUUGGUCAACAUUUUUCUCCUCCAAAAAAUCAAUAUUUGUCAGAGUAUACAUGUCCUGAAAAAGAACACAUUCCUGUUGUAGUAUCUGAUCAUGAACCAGAUUUCGAUUCUACUGAAUUAACACAUAUCCACCAUCAUCUACAAUUCGAAAACAAUAAUCGACAUGAUUAUAUCGAUAAUAAAAAUACGAUAAUUACCAAGGAAUUCUUUCAUACACCCUUGUCGAACCACGACGAUAAAACGUUAUUAUGCGAUACAGAUGACAUUUUGUCAGAAUCAUCAAAUUUUGUUUCGCCUGAUACAGAUCAAUUGGUUUGUGGAUCAACACAUUCUUAUUCUAGUUCUGUUUUAUCGAAUAUUUUAGACCAAUCAGAUUCUGUUAUUGUCACUUCUACUACUAUUACUACCACUACUACUAUUAAUGAUAUUAAUUUUACUAAUAAUCUCAGUAAAUCAUGUGAUAUGAAUUUAUUAAGUACCAAUUAUUCUGGACAACUUUCUAGUUUACCAUUAAUUAAUAUGGAAGUGUUUCCAGUGACAACUUGUACAACAGUAGGUGUACCAUCUCAGUCAGAUAACUGUUGUGUCAAUAAUAUUAGUAGAGGCAUUGGUAGUGUACUGUCAUCAUCGUCAUCUCAUUUUCCUGUCAUUCACCAGUCAACAGGUUUAGGAAGUUUCCCCUAUGAAUCUGAUUUCUCUUAUCAACAACAAUCAAAUAUUUAUGAUUCGAUACCAAUGAGAACAUGUCCACAACUUAAUAGUAGUAGUAUCCCAACACCAUCAUCAAGAAUAACAACAAGUCGUUCUAAAACAAAACGAGAUGGUAAUACUAAAAAGAGCUUGAAAACUACUUGUAGACAGUCAAGGUCAUGCUCUUCCAUCUCUCCAGUUUCUUUAUCUAUUCCAUGGCCAGAGGGUAAUCCACUAAAAUCGUCAUAUGCAAGACAUGCAUCAUAUCAAGUUGUACCAAUUAAUCAAUCUACGUAUAACAUAACGUGCGAUCAGUAUAAUCCAUCGGAUUUGUUUGGUUCGACAGGUUUCCCAUCAAUAACAUGUCACUCUUUAACUCCUGGACAGAUAGUACACACAUCACAAAAUAAUAAUUUAUCAGAUUCUUAUCUAUGUAGAGCAUCUAAUGCAAUGAGAACCUGUGAAUCACUCCGUCUUCCAACAACAUCGUACUGUUACUUAACACCGAUGUCUUCGUAUGGUGUAAAUAUGAGUACACAGCAACCUUUCGACACCUGUUCCAAUUUUCAAAAUCCCAGUCAGUUGUGUGGAAUGGAUCCUAAACCCUGCUCCAUGUCCAAUCUACCGAAUUCAUGUAAUCUAGAGCCUCAACUUCCACAUUUGUCGGUUGCACAGAAUUACCAAUGCAUUCCAUCUUCGUUUCCUUUUUCGCAUCAUUCAAAUUCUCAGUCACUUUUACCUUCCGGAGUCAAUCAGUUCAUACCGGAGAUGGGUAAUAAUAGUUCCUGUCAAUCACUAUCAACUACAAUUAAGACAGACAGAACCCUUCAUAUAAAUCAACUGUCAUCCACUCCAGUUUAUCCUGUCUAUUCAGGGAAUUUUUCAUUUCCUCUUGUUGUAACAAGUACAAGAGAUGUUCUUUCAUCAAAUCUUCAACUAUCAACAUCAACCGGUUGUACAGCUUCACAAAUUAAUAAUUCACUUCUAGUAAAGCCAGAUUAUUUUAAUUAUUCAGGUAAUUGUAAUUUAAAUCAACCGUCCAUUCUUCCAUGUACCGAAAGAAAUGUACAAUCAUGUAAUAUUGUUGACAAUACUUCAUCUCUUACACAAUUAUCAGGUUCCUACUGUUCUGGAAUUGAACAACAACCAACAUUUCAAAAUACCUCCUCUGAUUUCCUGUCGAAUAUUUCGUCAAAUAUAAGUUCAAAUCAGUUUAUCAUGGUUAAUACUACUACUACUGCAAUUAAUAGUAUUGUUGAUGAUAUCACUGUUACCUCUACUCAUAUUCCCUAUCCUGGUAUACUUAGUAGUAAUUGUAGAAAUAAUCGAAAUAGUGAUAUUAAUAAUAGUAUAGGUAGACUGUCACAACAUGACAUUCUACCACCAGAUACAACUUUACCUUUCUCAACAAUAGUCGAUACAUAUCAUCCGAAAGAUGCAUUGUAUAAUGCUAACAAUAAUAAUAAUUAUUAUUAUCAUUGUUCUGAUGGCCAAAAUAAUUUAUCUCUACUAGAUUCACCUGUUGUUAUGCAAUCACCAUCAUUAGUUGGUUGGACUCCAACUGAUUUAGUUAAUAGAACGGGACAUUUCACUCAAAUUCCUUAUCAUCCAAUGCCUACUUGA